UAAAUCCCGGGCCUUUGUUUGUCGUCUGAGUGUGUCUUUAUCAGCUGCUGUUUCUGGUUAAUCUGUGUGAUUGUGAUACUGAACAGACAGUUUGCAUCCAUCAGCUGAUUGGACGACGCUCUGACACAUUCAUGUACGCAGGAUGAAGUCCACAAAAGCCCGUUUAACUUCUGGAGGGUGUGUUUAAUGCUGGUGUGAACAGGACAAGGACGUUCAUCAGACGUGUCUCCAUUGUCUCCAGUGUUGGGUCCGUUGGCUGCUCUGGGAUCAGUGACAUGUCUGAUAGUGGGUGAAUGUGAGUUCGUCUGUUUGAGGUGAUGAAUAUGAGCAGAGGGACGAAGACGAGGUGGACACAUGGACGUGUACCUGCUGCUGUUAGUGUUUGCCUUCUGUGAUUGGUCAACAGGGACACAGGAAGCAGCCGAGGACCGAGGCGUCCUCUUACGUGUCCUGUGGAGGAAGCACAUGAAGGACGUCCUGGCGGGGACAGGUUCUGGUUCUGGUUCUUCGGGUCCAAACAGGGGCAGGGUAACUCAUCGGCUGCUUUACUGUCGGGUUGGGAUCGGGUUCCACCUCCAGAUUCUACGUAACGGAUCAGUGGGCGGAGUCCACAUGCCUUCAGAGAACUGUUGGCUGAAGUUUUCUGUCAUGAGCAGAGGCGUGGUGGCGAUCCGAGGAGUGAGGAGUGGUCUGUACCUGUGUGUGAACGAGGAUGGGUGGGCCUACGGAGCGGAGCGGUUUUCAGAUGACUGCCGUCUGAAGGAGACUCUGGAGGAGAAUCACUACAACACCUACUCCUCUGAGUCCCAUCCAGGCGUCUACCUGGCCCUGAGCCCCCGAGGGGAGCUGAGGAGGGGCGACACCGUGACCCAACACCACGUCUGUACGCACUUCCUGCCUCGGAGGACAACAGCAUGAUGACAGCGAACAAACACAAUCAUGAGGAAUAUGAUGCU